AUGACUAGCAGGCCAAACGUGACGGAUGCGGCUUAUACAGGUAGUAUCACUGGCAGGCCAAACACGAUGGAUGCAACUCAUACGGGUACUACGACUAGUAGGCCGAACACAAUGGAUGCAGCAUAUAAAGGUAGUACCACUAGCAGGCCGAACACAAUGGAUGCAGCAUAUACAGGUAGUACCACUAGCAGGCCGAACACAAUGGAUGCAGCUCAUACAGGUACUACGACUAGCAGGCUGAACACAAUGGAUGCGACGUAUACAGGUAGCACUAGCAGGCCGAACAAGACGGAUGCAGCUUAUACGGGUGCUAUGACUAGCAGGCCAAAUGGGACGGAUGCGGCUUAUACAGGUAGUACCGGCAAGCCGAACACUACAGAUGCAGCUUAUACAGCUUCUAUGACUAGCAGGCCGAACGCGACGGAUACGGCUCAUACGGGUACAAUUACUAGCAGGGAACUUGCAAAGAGGUUUAAUGGACUUCUGAUGUGA